AAGUUUUAUAGAGGUAUUUAUUAGUAUGAAAGUGUAUACGGAUGUCAUAGCAAAGUUUGACCAAAACCAGGUGAAAACUAAGUUCUAUUUACAGAGAAAACGAAAGAAACCAGAUUAGAUUUGAGCACGCACGGUGCGCAGGCCUGUUGCGCUUGAUGCAUAAACGAUUCGCUGUGCGCAUGAGGAUUCGAGGAGUGCAUCUGAUUUUGUGCUUCUGAGUUUUGCUCACUGUCUUAAUGUCGCUCGUUCGUAACGUCAGAGUAUUAUCAGACGAAUUUAGGCGUGUGGAGCAUAUUUGAAGAUUUGACCGAAUUUUGUUAUUUUUCCAUUCUUUAAAAAUUCCUUUUAUCCUCAUUAAAUGUUAUCUCUUGGAUUCAGAAAUUAAUUAAUUUAAGAAAUAAAAAUCUCAUUUUCAUAAUCUCUUUGUACUUAGAAAUUAUUUAUUAAAACAUAAUUAAUUAUCUAGAAUAAUUGAUUUUUAUUAAAAAUACAAUUAAUUAAUUGAUUUUUUUGAAAAUGAUUUUUAAAACUAGAAUUGAAAUAAAUAAAUAGAUUUCAUAUAUUUUUAAAACUAUUUGUCGUGCGACUGGUCAAAGGGGCAACUCGGGUGUUUUCGCUUUACCUGACCCACAUAGAGCUCCUAGCAAUUUUGUAUGAGCUUCAAGAGGCGUUUAAACAGGCCAAGAGCAUUGGCAUCUGUCGCUUGAGGCACUCUGAAAAAUUCAAAGGUUGCAGCAGGCCAACGCCCACUAUCACUCGCUUGCUCGUAGAGUCGUAGUAUUGAUGAAGUCCAGUUACUGUUCUUUUGUUCAAUUGUUAAAGUUAAUGUUACUAUUAGAUAACAUUAUAUGUAAAAGGAUAGAAUAAUCUUUUACUUAGUCUUUAACUAGUCAUAGGCCUGUAUUGUAAACCUAUAAAUAUUGAAUGCCAGGGUUAACCACACAGGGUUAACACAAUUAUUCUCCACACUUGUACAUGGUAUCACAACCAUUGAAAAAUUAAAUAUUUUUUUUCUCUCUCCUCUGGCCUGCCGCCCGCCGCUCAUAGUCAUGGAUGCCGCCUACGGCGCCGCCACGUCCACUUCCGCUGCCACCUCGUCGUUUCCCUUCUUUCGCGACCAAGUUUUUCUGGCCACCUUGUCCGGCCUGUCGGCCGCCGCCGCUGCUGGUUACACCAGCCCACCGUCACACUCGUCGGUCGCUGCUGGUUUCUCUAGCCCCAUGCCCAUGUUUCCAGUGAGUUUCGGCCUCACCGGCGCCUCUCCGGUCCCCAGCCCACCUCAGCGCCCUACACCGCGCCUCCCACCUGGGUUUGCUCAUCCGACCCUUCAAUUUGCGUCGUCUUCAUCGUUUUCGGCCUGCCUUUCUGCCCCGCCACCGAUGUUCAGCCUCCCGCAAUAACGUCAGAGUAUUAUCAGACGAAUUUAGGCGUGUGGAGCAUAUUUGAAGAUUUGACCGAAUUUUGUUAUUUUUCCAUUCUUUAAAAAUUCCUUUUAUCCUCAUUAAAAGUUAUCUUUUGGAUUCAGAAAUCAAUUAAUUUAAGAAAUAAAAAUUUGAUUUUCGUAAUCUCUUUGUACUUAGAAAUUAUUUAUUAAAACAUAAUUAAUUAUCUAGAAUAAUUAAUUAUUAUUAAAAAUACAAUUAAUUAAUUGGUUUUUUUGAAAAUGAUUUUUAAAACUAGAAUUGAAAUAAAUAAAUAGAUUUUAUAUAUUUUAAAACUAUUUGUCGUGCGACUGGUCAAAGGGUCCACUUGGGUGUUUGCACUUUACCUGACCCACAUAGAGCUCCUAGCAACUUUGUACGAGCUUCAAGAGGUGUUUAAACAGGCCAAGAGCAUUGGCAUUUGUCGCUUGAGGCGCUCCGAAAAAUUCAAAGGUUGCAGCAGGCCAAUGCCCACUAUCACUCACUUGCUCGUAGAGUCGUAGUAUUGAUGAAGUCCAGUUACUGUUCUUUUGUUCAAUUGUUAAAGUUGAUGUUACUAUUAGAUAACAUUAUAUGUAAAACGGUAGAAUAAUAUUUAACUUAGUCUUUAACUACUCAUAGGCCUAUAUUGUAAAUAUAUAUAUAUUGAAUGCCAGGGUUAACCACACAGGGUUAACACAAUUAUUCUCCACACUUAUACAUGGUAUCACAACCAUAGAAAAAUUAAAUUUUUUUUUCUCUCUCCUCUGGCCUGCCGCCCGCCGCCCAUAGUCAUGGAUGCCGCCUACGCCGCCGCCACGUCCACUUCCGCUGCCACCUCGUCGUUGCCCUUCUUUCACGACCAAGAUUUUCCGGCCACCUCCUCCAGCCUGUCGGCCGCCGCCGCUGCUGGUUACACCAGCCCACUGUCACACUCGUCGGUCGCUAUUGGUUUCUCUAGCCCCACGCCCACGUUUCCAGUGAGUUUCGGCCUCACCAGCAUAGGCCUCACCGACGCCUCUCCGGUCCCCAACCCACCUCAACGCCCUACACCGCGCCUCCCACCUGGGUUUGCUCAUCCGGCCCUUCAAUUUGCGUCGUCUUUAUCGUUUUCGGCCGGUCCUUCUGCCUCGCCACCGAUGAUCAACCUCCCGCAAUCGUCUCCCCCUUAUCUUACGAACUUGGUAACCAUCACUCUCUCUUCCCCCGAGGAUUAUCUUUUACGGAAAACUCAAAUAACUUGCCUCCUGCUUUCUCAUCAAUUACUUGGCCUUGUUGAUGGUACUGCUAUUAUUCCUCCUGCUACUAUACUUGAUGAAUCUGGUAAUACUGUUCCUAAUAUGCACUUUUAUGAAUAUCUGCGUAUUGAUCAGCAAGUAAAAUCAUCUAUUUUUGCUACUUUAUCUCGUGAUGUUUUUAUUGAUGUUCAUGAUUUGCACACUUCUGUCCAUAUUUGGAAUAGAUUACAGUCUCGAUUUAUGCAUGCAAGUGUGGCUCGUUCUAUAGAGUUAAAGGACGUUUGACUCAUAUUAAAAAGAAUGAAUCUCAAUCUAUGGAUGGUUAUUUAAGUGAAAUAAAGGUUAUUGUUGAUUCUCUUGCUGCUAUUCAGUGCCCUGUGUCAAAUCAGGAUUUAGUUCAGUAUGCCCUUUUUGGUCUGGAUCGUGAUUCUGAAUAUAAUCACAGUGUUACUACCUUGCUGCAUUAUCCAUUCCCUAUUAGUUUUGAUGAUCUACGGCCUAAGUUGCUUCUUCAUGAACAACGUCUGAAAAAUUCGAGGGAUGGAUCUGAUUCUUCCUCCCAUCAUGCCUUACUUGUUGUUCAAUCUACUGGUUCUGGAUCAAGUUCCUCCUCAAAGUUUAAUUCUGGAGGGAGGAAUCGGGGAAGAAAUAACAGAAAUCCUGGGGGUAACAACAAUCGUGGUGGUAACAAUAAUCAGAAUGCUCGUGGUAAUAAUGGUGGGAAUAGGGGAAAUAAUAAUCCUCGUGGUUCAGGAAACAACAACAACAACAUUGCUAAUCGGGGACGCUCCAAUGGGAGUAAUUCAUCAAGUAGCAAUGUAACCUCAACCCCUACUUCCAAUACUUGUGGUUUAUGUUGGUUUCUAUUGUCCUCAACGUUUCAAUUCCAGCUUUGUUCCCUCUUCCUCUGAGAGUGUCACUCGAACCUUUAGCUGCACUGUCUGUUGGUGGUGAGGCUAAUGAUUCAGUCUGGCAUCCGGAUUCGGGAGCCGCAUCUCAUAUGACUCUUUAGGAUGGUAAGUUUUCUGCUAAAACUUCUUAUACUGGGUCUAGUUCUGUUGUAGUUGGUAAUGGUACCUUACUCCCUAUUAAAAGUACUGGAAAUUUAACCUUAAAAACUACAAGUCGUCUCAUCCAGUUGUCACCUGUCUGUCAUGUUCCUACAUUAAAACAUAAUUUAUUAUCAGUUAAUAAGUUCUGUCAAGACAAUGAUUGUGUUGUGAGUUUUGAUAAAAAUUCUAUUUAUGUUAAGGACCAGACAACGGGGGAGCAUCUGCUUCGGGGAUCCAGUAAGCAAGGUGUCUACCCUCUUCAGCCCAGCAUUGUCCCUCUUGAGUCUUCUGUUCCUGCUUUCCUAGCCACUAAGGAAUCAGACGACGUUUGGCAUGCUCGUCCGGGUCACACCUCUUCUAGCAUUUUAGGAUUUUUUUGUUCAUAUAAAUAUAUCACGUGUACCUCUAAGUUUCAUGAUGAUUGUGUUCGAUGUAAGCUAGGAAAGAUACAUCCUUUGCUUUUUGAUUUAGUUGAACAUAUUUCUACAUAUCCAUUAUAUAAAAUUCACAGUGAUCUUUGGCAAUCUCCUGUUUUGUCCAAUCAAUUAUUUCGUUAUUGUGUUGUGUUUGUUGA